AUGUGCUUCUCACUGAAACCGAACGCUGUCGCUACCUUGAGACGCAAGGACACCAUUACGCUAUACCAAACCGGGUCUGCUGAGAAGAACCAAAUCAUUUCGAACCGGUUUGUUGUAAUUCUGGGGAUAAAACCUCUAGACGACGUAGAAGAUCUGAUUUCGUAUCCGUGCAAUUUUCUUAUAAAGGUAACUUCCAAUUCCGGGAACACAUACCAUCACGCGGAUCAAGUGGAUUCAGGGCAAUUCGCGUUCUCGGCGGUGGAAGCAGGGGAUUACAUGGCUUGCUUCUCUGCCGUCGAUCAUAAGCCUGAGGUUACCCUGAGCAUUGAUUUUGAGUGGAGGACGGGUGUUCAGUCCAAAAGCUGGGCUACUGUUGCCAAGAAGAGCCAAGUCGAAGUUAUGGAGUUCGAUGUAAAGAGUCUUCUUGAUACCGUCAACUCGAUUCACGAAGAGAUGUUUUACCUUAGAGAAAGGGAAGAAGAGAUGCAAGACCUGAACCGGUCCACAAACGCAAAAAUGGCAUGGUUGAGUUUCCUCUCUUUGUUCGUCUGCAUAGGAGUGGCAGGGAUGCAGUAUAUGCACUUGAAGACGUUUUUCGAGAAGAAGAAGGUCAUCUAA